AUGGAGGGAGCGGAGGAGGAGGAGGAGGAGGAGGAGGAGGAGGAAGAGGAGGAGGGCAGAGUGGCUGUUGUAACAGUGUUCAGGUUCAUUAUGAAGCGGAGCUAUAUCUGCGCUCUCAUAGCCAUGAUGGUGAGUAAAACAGUGACUCUGGUCCCUCUGGUGACUGUGCUCACGUCAAGGCUAAAGGAAGCACCUGUGUGUGUGUGUGUGUGUGUGUGUGUGUGUGUGUGUGUGUGUGUGUGUGUGUGUGUGUGUGUGUGUGUGCGCUCACGUCACAGCUAAAGAAAGCAUAUGUCAUCUGAUAAAUUGCCAUAACUGUUUUCGUGAUCGUAGUAUGUUUUUGUUUUGAGUCACUGUAGAUUCAGAGGUUUGUGGGAACGUACGUUGUUGGUUUCACAUUGGUUGUGGGAACGAAGUUAUACGUUUCCUGACCGGUAAAACUGAAAGUUUUUAAAACGUUCUGAGAACAGAAAUGAAAAUGUCGCCUGUUCUGGGAAUGUUUACUUUUAGGUUCCAGGGAGGAUCUGAGAACACUGGUUUACUCUGGUUCCUUGAAAGUUUCCUGGGAGAUUUUAUUAACGCUCUGACAAUGGAAAUUAUAGUUUUUUAAUAACUUCCUUAAAUCUUUUACUGAAUCUUUCAAUAAGACUUUUUUGGUGAUAUUUUAUUUUGCUUUCUUUCACCUUUAUUUUUGUCUUUUAUGUUAAUAGAUAUUUUUAUUUAUUUACUUUUAGCCCUUUUUAUCCCCAAUAGGUAGUUACAGUCUUGUCCCAUCGCUGCAUUUCCCGUACAGACUCGGCAGAGGCAAAGGUCGAGAGCCACGCGUCCUCCGAAACACGACCCUGCCAAGCCGCACUACUUCUUGACACACUGCUCGCUUAACCCGGAAGCCAGCCGCACCAAUGUGUCAGGAGGAAACACCGUACAACUGGCGACCGAAGUCAGCGUGCAUGUGCCCGGCCCGCCACAGGAGCCGCUAGAGCGCGAUGGGACAAGGACAUCCCGGCCGGCCAAACCCUGCCCUAACCCGGACGACGCUGGGCCAAUUGUGCGCCGCCUCAUGGGUCUCUCGGUCACGGCCGGCUGUGACACAGCCUGGGAUCGAACCCGGGUCUGUAGUGACGCCUCAAGCACUGUGAUGCAGUGUGUCCGUUGCACCAGUAGGGAUGCCCUUUUUUUUUUUUUUUUUACAAUAAACAAAAACAUACACAGACAAAAACAAUAGACAACUUAACAUUUAUAUAUAUACACUACAUGGCCCAAAAAAAUUCUGCCCUGCUAGAGUUGCACCGGUCAACUGUAAGUGCUGUUAUUGUGAAGUGGAAACGUCUAGGUGCAACAACGGCUCAGCCGCAAAGUGGAAGGCCACAAAAGCUCACAGAACGGGACCGCCGAGUGCUGAAGCGCGUAGCACGUAGAAAUCGUCUGUCCUCGGUUGCAACACUCACUACCGAGUUCCAAACUGCCUCUGGAAGCAAUGUCAGCACAAUAACUGUUUGUCGGGAGCUUCAUGAAAUGGGUUUCCAUGGCCGAGCAGCCGCACACAAGCCUAAGAUCACCAUGCGCAAUGCUAAGCGUUGGCUGGAGUGGUAUAAAGCUCGCCGCCAUUGGACUCUGGAGCAGUGGAAACGCGUUCUCUGGAGAGAUGAAUCGUGAUUCAUCAUCUGGCAGUCCGAUGGUCAAAUCUGGGUUUGGCUGAUGCCAGGAGAACGCUACCUGCCCCAAUGCAUAGUGCCAACUGUAAAGUUUGGUGAAGGAGGAAUAAUGGUCUGGGUCUGUUUUUCAUAGUUCGGGCUAGGAUCCUUAGUUCCAGUUAAGGGAAAUCUUAACACAACAGCAUACAAUGACAUUCUAGACGAUUCUGUGCUUCCAACUUUAUGGAAGAAGUUUGGUGAAGGCCCUUUCCUGUUUCAGCAUGACAAUGCCUCCGUGCACAAAGCUAGGUCCAUACAGAAAUGGUUUGUCGAGAUUGGUGUGGAAGAACUUGACUGGCCUGUACAGAGCCCUGACCUCAACUCCAUCGUACACCUUUGGGAUGAAUUGGAACGCUGACUGCGAGCCAGGCCUAAUCGCCCAACAUCAGUGUCCGACCUCACUAAUGCUCUUGUGGCUGAAUGGAAGCAAGUCCCCCGCAGCAAUGUUCCAACAUCUAGUGGAAAGCCUUCCCAGAAGAGUGGAGGCUGUUAUAGCAGCAAAGGGGGGACAAACUCCAUAAGGCCAUUCUUAUGAUGCUGCCCCCACCAUGCUUCAUCGUAGGGAUGGUGCCAGGUUUCCUCCAGACGUGACGCUUGGCAUUCAGGCCAAAUAAUUUAAUCUUGUUUUCAUCAGACCAGAGAAUCUUGUUUCUCAUGGUCUGAGAGUCCUUUAGGUGUCUUAUGGCAAACUCCCAAGUGGGCUGUCAUGUGCCUUUUACUGAGGAGUGGCUUCCGUCUGGCCACUCUACCAUAAAGGCCUGAUUGGUGGAGUGCUGCAGAGAUGGUUGUCCUUCUGGAAGAUUCUCCCAUCUCCACAGAGGAACUCUAGAGCUCUGUCAGAGUGACCAUCAGGUUCUUGGUCACCUCCCUGACCAAGGCCCUUCUCCUCCGAUUGCUCAGUUUGGCAGGCCGGCCAGCUCUAGGAAGAGUCUUGGUGGUUUCAAACUUCUUCCAUUUAAGAAUGAUGGAGGCCACUGUGUUCUUGGGGACCUUCAAUGCUGCAGACAUUUUUUGGUACCUUUCCCCAGAUCUGGGCCUCGACACAAUCCUGUCUCGGAGCUCUACGGGCAAUUCCUUCGACGUCAUGGCUUGGUUUUUGGUCUGACAUGCACUGUCAACUGUGGGACCUUAUAUAGACAGGUGUGUGCUUUUCCAAAUCAUGUCCAAUCAAUUGAAUUUACCACAGGUGGAUUCCAGUCAAGUUGUAGAAACAUCUUAAGGAUGAUCAAUGGAAACAGGAUGCACCUGAGCUCAAUUUCGAGUCUCAUAGCAAAGGGUCUGAAUACUUAUGUAAAUGUUAUAUUUCAUUUUUUGAUUUUUUAUAAAUUUGCUAAAAACCUGUUUUUGCUUUGUCAUUAUGGGGUAUUGUGUGCAGAUUGCUGAGGAUUUGUUUUUAUUUAAUCAAUAUUAGAAUAAUCCAGGCGUCGUAGCCGGCCGCGACCGGGAGACCCAUGGGGCGGCGCACAAUUGGCCCAGUGUCGUCCAGGGUAGGGGAGGGAAUGGCCGGCAGGGAUGUAGCUCAGUUGGUAGAGCAUGGCGUUUGCAAUGCCAGGGUUGUGGGUUCGAUUCCCACGGGGGGCCAGUAUGAAAAAAAUAUAUAUAAAAAAUAUAUAUAUAUAUAUAUAUUUUUAAAAAAAAUGUAUGCACUCACUAACUGUAAGUCGUUCUGGAUAAGAGCGUCUGCUAAGUGACUAAAAUGUAAAAUGUAAAUAAGGCUGUAAGGUAACAAAAUGUGGAAAAAGUCAAGGGGUCUGAAUACUUUCUGAAGUAUUUGAAAAUGUCUACAUUGGUCCAAAAGUCCAAAAUUGCUUUUUAAUUCUGUCAUGGAAAUGUUUUUAUUUCCUGUUACCACGUUAUUUACAGUUUCUUUGCCUUUAAUUUUCUAUGUGGUCCAAUUUAUCGGUGAAUUCUGAAAAACUAUUGAAGGAUUGUUCCAUAAGGGAUUGAUGUUGGUUCUUGUAGAAUCCGUUUCAUUUUCUUCUAUACUGUUAUAGCGUUCUUAACUAGGAAGUUGUUCAUGUUUUUAGCUUAAUCCUUUGAUAUACUGCGCAUCUUCAAUAUGAUUCAACAAUAUGUAUUUAUUUUUUUAUAAUUUUACCCCCUAUUUCGUGAUCUUUUCUCAUCGCUGCAACAGGCUCAGGAGAGGCGAAGGUCAAGUCAUGCAUCCUCUGAAACAUGACCUGCCAAACUGAGCUUCUUAACACCCACCCGUUUAACCAGCUGCACCAAUGUGUCAGAGGAAACACCGUUCAACUGACGACCAAAGUCAGCCUGCAGGCGCCCGGCCCACCACAAGAGCACGAUGAGCCAAGUAAAGCCCCCCCGGCCAAACCAGACGACGCUGGACCGAUUGUGCACCGCCCUAUGGGACUCCCGUCACGUCCGGUUGUGGCCUGGGAUCAAACUGCAGGCUGUAGUGACGCAGCAACACUGCGAUGCAGUGCCUUAGACCGCUGCGCCACUCCGGAGGCUUCAACCAAACUUUUAAUAACACUGCUAGUUUAUUUUGAGUUUUUUUUUUUAAAUACUCCAAGCACAGAUAAGACAAAUGGAAAUUCAUUUCCUUAGGCAUUAAUCAGGCAAACACAUUUCUUUUUUUAUUGUGACACAGCAUCAGUGAGAUUUGAACCUAUAAUCUUCUGUUGUCUAUCGAUGGAAUUAGUCCACUGCGCCACCAUCAUGCAAAGCUGUUCAUUUUAGUAUAUUCAAACAGACCACAUUUCAAAGGACACAAGCACUCACUAAGAUUAGGUGUGGCCAAUUAGUCGGCGCGGCCAACACACCUGAACACACUUAACAAGAUGGAAGAUUGUGACACUCUGGCUCCAUGGACUUUGAAUAUUGAGCCAGGGUUGUUCAUUUUCAUUUGUUUGGGUGUAUUUCAUUUGGUGGUGUUGGGGAUGGGUGAGUUUCAUUUUGUUUGUGUCUUUUGGUGAUUGGUUAAUGACUCCCAAUCGGAGGUAACGAGUGUCAGCUGUCGGCUCGUUAUCUCUGAUUGGGAGCCAUAUAUAUUCUGUGUGUUUUUCUCCUUGUGUUUGUGGGUUUUUGUUUCCUUGUUGCUGAUAGUUGUUUCAGUGUUGAACUUCACGUAUCGUCUUUUGUUUUGUAUUUUCGUGGUUGCUUUAUUUAAUAAAGUCAUCAUGUUCACUCGCAACGCUGCGCUUUGGUCCGCUCCUUCAGACGAUCGUGACAGAAAAACCCACCAUCAAAGGACCAAGCAGCGUGUCCAGGAGCCGAGGGUCUGGACAUGGGAAGAGUUAUUGGACGGAAAGGGUCCUUGGGCACAACCGGGAGAAUAUCGCCUCCCUCGUGAAGAGCUGGAGGCAGCCAAAGCCGAGAGGAGGUGGUACGAGGAGGCAGCGCGAAGGCGAGGCUGGAAGCCCGUGGAAGAGAGGCAACCCCAAGAAAUUUUUUGGGGGGGGCACAUGGCUUGGGCGACGGAGCAGCAGGAGGCUGCCACAAGGCAGAGUCAGAGGGCUGCCAGGUUAAGGGGGCUGACGGAGGCAGAGAAGGGACGGAUUCAGUGGGCUACCAGGUCAAGGGGGCUACUGGGUAAAGCAGGGAAGGAAGGUGUUGAGGCACGGCGUGAGGUACUGGGGUGUGUAACCAGUUCGGUCCGGCCCGUUCCUAGUCCCGAGGUGCAGCCAGUAGUGUGUGUUUCCCCGUACGGUACGGCCUGUUCCGGUCCCUCGCACUAAGUGUAAGGUGCGCGUCGCCAGCCCGGUUCGGCCUGUUCCUGCCAUACGCACCAAGUGUACGGUGCGCGUCGCCAGCCCAGCCCGGCCUGUCCCGGCCCCUUGCACUAAGCGUACGGUGCGCGUCGCCAGCCCGGUUCGGCCUGUUCCUGCGCCACGUAGGAUGCCUACGGUGUGCGUCGCCAGCCCAGCCCGGCCUGUUCCUGUGCCACGUAGGAAGCCUACGGUGUGCGUCGUCAGCCCAGCCCGGCCUGUUCCUGCUCCCCGCACUAGGCGUUAUGGGAGUCCCCAGGGUCCAGCAUGCCCUGUUCCGACUCCCCGCACUAGCCCUGAGAUGCGUGUCCUCAGCCCGGUACCUCCAGUUCCGGCACCACGCAUCAGGCCUACGGUGCGUCCCCAGGGCCAAGAAUGCCCUGUUGCUUCUCCCCGCACUAGCCCUGAGAUGCGUGUCCUCAGCCCGGUACCCUCCUGUUCCGGCACCACGCACCAGGCCUACGAUGCGCCUCAGACGGCCAGAGUCUGCCGUCUGCCCAACGGGGCCUGAACUGCCCGUCUGCCCAAAGCCUGCAAAGCCGCCCGUCUGCCAUGAGCCAUCAGAGCCGUCCGCCAGACCGGAGCCGCUAGAGCCUUCCGCCAGACAGGAUCAGCCAGAGCCUUCCGCCAGACAGGAUCAGCCAGAGCCUUCUGCCAGACAGGAUCAGCCAGAGCCUUCUGCCAGACAGGAUCAUCCAGAGCCUUCUGCCAGACGGAUCAGCCAGAGCCUUCCGCCAGACAGGAUCAGCCAGAUCCGUCAGUCGGCCAUGAGCAGCCAGAUCCGUCAGCCAGCCAUGAGCAGCCAGAUCCGUCAGCCAGCCAUGAGCAGCCAGAUCCGUCAGCCAGCCAUGAGCAGCCAGAUCCUCAGCCCCAUGAGCAGCCAGAUCCGUCAGCCAGCCAUGAGCAGCCAGAUCCGUCAGCCAGCCAUGAGCAGCCAGAUCCGUCAGCAGCCAUGAGCAGCCAGAUCCGUCAGCCAGCCAUGAGCAGCCAGAUCCGUCAGCCAGCCAUGAGCCGUCCAGCCAGGAUCCGCCAGAGCCGUCCAGCCAGGAUCCGCCAGAGCCGUCCAGCCGGGAUCCGCCAGAGCCGUCCAGCCGGGAUCCGCCAGAGCCGUCCAGCCGGGAUCCGCCAGAGCCGUCCAGCGGGAUCCGCCAGAGGCCGUCCAGCCGGGAUCCGCCAGAGCCGUCCAGCCGGGAUCCGCCAGAGCCGUCCAGCCGGGAUCCGCCAGAGCCGUCCAGCCGGGGAUCCGCCAGAGCCGUCCAGCCAGGAUCCGCCAGCCAGCCAGGAUCCGCCAGAGCCAGCCAGCCAGGAUCCGCCAUUUAGUCAGGUGCUGCCCCUUAGCUCGGUGUUUGCUCCUUAUCCUGGUUGCUGUCCCUUAUCUGGUGCUGUCCCUUAGCCUGGUACUGCCCCUUAGUCCGGUACUGCCCCGUAGUCCGGUGCUGCCCCUUAGUCCGGUGCUGUCCCUUAGCCCGGUGCUGCCCCUUAUCCCGGUGCUGCCCCUUAUCCCGGUGCUGCCCCUUAGGCCGAUGCUGCCCCUUAGUCCGGUGUUGCCCCUUAGUCCAGGUGGGGUUAGUUGGAGGGUGGUCAUUGGGAGGAGGCUACCGAAGCAGGUUGUGACUGUGGUGGGGUGGGGAUCACGACCGGGGCCAGAGCCGCCACCGUGGACAGACGCCCACCCAGACCCUCCCCUAGUCCUGAUGUUGGUGCGCCCGGAGUUCGCACCUUUAGGGGGGGGGUACUGUGACACUCUGGCUCCAUGGACUUUGAAUAUUGAGCCAGGGUUGUUCAUUUUCAUUUGUUUGGGUGUAUUUCAUUUGGUGGUGUUGGGGAUGGGUGAGUUUCAUUUUGUUUGUGUCUUUUGGUGAUUGGUUAAUGACUCCCAAUCGGAGGUAACGAGUGUCAGCUGUCGGCUCGUUAUCUCUGAUUGGGAGCCAUAUAUAUUCUGUGUGUUUUUCUCCUUGUGUUUGUGGGUUUUUGUUUCCUUGUUGCUGAUAGUUGUUUCAGUGUUGAACUUCACGUAUCGUCUUUUGUUUUGUAUUUUCGUGGUUGCUUUAUUUAAUAAAGUCAUCAUGUUCACUCGCAACGCUGCGCUUUGGUCCGCUCCUUCAGACGAUCGUGACAAAGAUAGAGUUUUGUUGAUGCUGAGAAUGGAAUGUAUAUGUUUUUAAAUAACAUUCUUAGAACGUGGUUUUUUAUAGAACGUUUCUUUAAAUGUUCUCGGAACAAUUUGAGAACAUUCCUUUAAAUACAACCAUGAGGAAAACCUGUAGGAAACGUUAUGCUGAAGUACUGAAAUUCCCACAGAAGAAUGUUGUUUCUUAAAGUUCUUGGAACAAUUUGAGAACAUUACUUUAAUCCCCUUAAAUAUAAUUAGCAUAAUGAAAAAAUCCCCAUCAAAAUCCGUCUGUUUAAGCUAGAGAUAGAUAUCUGUUGUUUGUAUUUUUUUGCAUGGGCUGCGUCUCAAUCUGCCUCAAUCCGCCUCAUCUCGGCCAUCUGCAUCAUGAAAGGGGAAGCAGUCAGAGCUACAGCGGUGUUUGUCAGAUUAGGAGACGUCCCGAAAAUCGGUCUUCUCUCAAACGUCUUUUUAGCGUCCGAACCGUUUGGGCUAAAAACUAUUAUGACCCGUCUAUGGAAAGAUGAGACUCUAACGAACGCGUCAUAUUUUGCUCCAGGUUUUAUUUUUUAUUAGCCAUAUUGAACCCCUUUUUGGGGCACUAAACUACUUCCAUGUAUUCUUCCAUAAAACAUUUUUAAACUGGUACCGUGGGACGCCCACAGGACUCGUCUGAAGGUCCCACGGUACCAGUUUAAAAAAAUGUUUUAUGGAAGAAUACAUGGAAGUAGUUUAGUGCCCCAAAAAGGGGUUCAAUAUGGCUAAUAAAAAAUAAAACAACAUCCUGAUCUUUCUUACAUCUUAGGACAGACACUUCAGAACAAACUUCCUUUAGAUUUAUUUUGUGACUAUCUGUUGUUCCAUGUAGUGAAUCUGUUAUUCAAUGUGUUUCUAUGUGCUAAUAGCAGUAAGGCCAAAUUCAAUGUUUCAUCAAAUAUGUUUUAUAUAUUUUUUUGGGGGGGAUACCUAAAAUUAAAUUGAUUAGCAAAGUGAUCCAUGGUAUGACCAUCUUAAAACAAUUCCAUAUGUUAGCUUAGUAGAAACUCCCCCCGAAAGGCUUAGCCUUUUAGAGGGUAUUAGAUAGAAACCUGUAGGAAAUGGUAUGCCGAGAUACUGAACAUUGUUUCUUAACGUUCUCUGAACAGUUUGAGAACAUUCCCAAUGUCAAACCAGUUGGAGAAUGUUCCUACCAAAAUUGAAAUGAAAUUUAACCAUGUUUUGAACUUUUAGGAAAACGUUCUGUUAAAGUAAUUCAAUACCACGAAAAUAACAUAUUUAUUUGUCAAGUUCCUUAAAUGUGCUUAAAAUGUUCCAAAGCCAAGCAACUAUCCUGCACCAUUCCCAGAAAGUUGUGGAAAAGUUGUAUUUAAAAUAACCAUAGGACAACAACGCUCUCACCAAGUUAUAAGAAACACAUGGUUCUCAGAACGUUAUGUGCUAGCUGGGUUAUUUUUUUUAUCUGAUGUCUCCAUGUUCUUUACCCAAAAAAAAAAAAAAAAAAGGGGGGGGGGGGGGGGGGGGCCCAAAAAAAAAAAAAAAAAAAAAAGGGGGGGGGGAAAAAAAAGGGGCAAAAAAUGGGGCGGGGGGAAAAAAAGGGGGGGAAAAAGGGGAAAAAAAAAAAGGGGGGGGGGGCCCCCCCCCCGGGGGGGGGUUUUGAUUUUAAAAUUUCCCCUAUUUAAUUUUUAGGGGUUUUUGGGUUUUUUGUUUGUUAAUUUGGGAAAAAAAAUUUUUCUUUUAAUGUUUUUUUUUAUUUUUAAAAUCCCCCUUUUUUGAAAAAAAAUUUUUUUUUUUAGGGUUUUUUUUUUAAAAGGGAAAAAAAAAAAAAAAAACCCCCCCAAAAAAACCCCCCCAAAAAAAAAAAAAACCCCCCCCCCCCCCAAAAAAUAAAAAAAAACAAAAAAAAAACAAAAACCAAAACCCAAAAAAAAACCCCAACCAAAAAAAAAAUUUUCCCCUAAAAGAAAAAAAAAAAAAAUAAAAAAACAAAAAAACAAAAAAAAAAAAAAAAAAAAAAAAAAAAAAAAAAAAAAAAAAAAAAAAAAAAAAAAAAGGGGGUGAAAAAAAAAAAAAAAAAAAAAAAAAAAAAAAAAAAAAAAAAAAAAAAAAAAAAAAAAAAAAAAAAAAAAAAAAAAAAAAAAAAAAAAAAAAUUUAAAAAAAAAAAAAAAAAAAAAAAAAAAAAGUAAAAAAAAAAAAAAACAAAAAAAAAAAAAAAAAACCCCCCCAAAAAAAAACCAAAACCAAAAACCCCUUUCCCCCCCAAAAAAAACCCCCCCCCACCCCUCCCCCCCCCACAAAUCCCCCCCCCCCCCCGCCCCCCCCCCCCCCGUCCCCCCCCCCCCCCCCCCCCCCCCCCCCCCCCCCCCUCUCUCUUUCUGUAUUCCCCCCCAGGCAGGAGAUCCGUAUGUUUGGCUGAUUUGUGUUUGAUGUGGCGUGUUUUUUGGGGGUGGUGAGGGAGCGUCGUCGUAACCCCUGUAAACCUCUCCCUUUUGGUGCUUAUGGGAACCUGUGAUGGGGCUGCAGACAUUGGGCUUUGAGCUUUUGGAGCCCCGUACCCGGGUCUUCCCAAAUGGACGUGCCCUUCACCAAGGGGGUUCCAAGGUAAAUGGCGGGACUUGCUACUUAGCAAAGUUUUACAUGGGAAAGGGAGAGACGAAGUUCUGAGUAAAUGGAAGACCGAAUGUUUGAUUUAAAAUGGGGGAGAGUCUGUGUCAGUAAGAUUGUUAUCGUUCUAGAUCUGUGUCAGUAAUGAUUCUGACUGUUCCCAACCGUGCAUAAAGAUUUUUGACUGUCUCUAGAUCCGUGUCAUAAGAUGUCUGUUAUCUGCUUGAUCCGUGCAGUAAGAGUUGUUAUCUUCUCUAGAUCGUGCUAAUGAUUUUGAUUUCUGUCUUAAUCCGUGUCUGUAAUGAUGUUUAUCGUUCAGAUCCCGUGUCAGUAAUGAUUUUUUCUUCCUUUGAUCCGUGUCUGUAAUGAGUCUGUUUUGUCUCUAAUCCCGGUCGAAUAGUCUGUUACGUCCUAGAUCCCGGUUGUAAUGAGUUGUUAUUGCUCAGAUCCUGUGUCAGUAAGAGUCUGUUCUUUCUCUGUCCUGUGCAGAAGGUUUAUGGCUCAGAUCCGUGUCAGAAGAUGUUGUUUACGCUCAGAUCGGCCGUAAGAGUUUAUCGGUCUCUAGACCGGUUCAGAAGAGCGUUUUCUGCUCUAGACCGGGUAGUAAGAGUCUUUAUGCUCAGCCCGUUUUUCGAAUGAGCUUUAUCGCCGAACCGGGGCGAAGGGGUUGUUGGGGCUCCAGACCUGUGCAGAAAAGAGCUGUUACGUCCCAACCUGGGUCGUUGGCCGGGCGGGGUGUGAGACGACUCGGAGGGACAGGGGAGCGGAGAGAGGAGGCGGUGUUUCAUGAUGUACAGGGAUGACCAACCAAAAGAAGGGUCAGAACUAAUAUCAAGUGCCAAAAAUUACGGUUUUAAUGUGUUAAACCGACUGGGUUCGAACCCAAGACGGUUUGCCCUUUAGAUAAGGGGCAAACAAUAUCCAAAACUGGUCAAAAUACAAGUUUUAUAUGGUGACCGACUGGGUUCAAACCUGGGUUUCCGGGGGAAAGCCACCCCAAAACUUGUUGCCCGCUGAGCUGAAGCCUAGGCAUUAGCUCAGGGGAAACACAAGUUUCCAGGGCCAGCAAAGUUUCACAGGAAAAACGUUCAGAAAUGCUACAAUAUCCGUUUUCCCCUGCAACAUUUACUACAAUUCCGUUAUCCCCAAGCAAUCAUUACAAAAUUUCCGUUAUCCAACUGCAAUCAUUUUCAACAAAAUUUCCGUUAAAACCAAACUGCUAUAUUACUAGAAAUUCCUCUUAUCCCCAGGUUUAUUUUAUCCUGUUUUCCCAAGGCUAUCAUUUAUAUCCCGUUAUCCACACGGCUAUCAUUUAUAUCCCCUAUCCCCCCUGCUAUCAUUUAAUGGGGUUUUCCCCCCGCACAUUUAACCUGUUAUCCAUGCUAUCGUUUAUAUCCUGUUUUCCCCACUGCUAUCAUUUAUUUCCGUAUCCCCCGGCAUAUUUUUUCUGUUUUUCCCCCCUGCAUUUAUUCCUGUACCCCGGGUAUCAUUAAUCCGUUAUCCCACUGCUAUCAUUUUUACCCCUUUUCCCCCCGGCUAUAUUUUAUCCUGUUUUCCCAUGUAUCAUUUUUAUCCCGUUUCCCCCCUGUAUCAUUUUUUAUCCUGUUAUCCCCACUGCUACGUUAUAUCCUGUUAUCCCCCUGCUAUCAUUUAUAUCCUGUUAUCCACACGGCUAUCAUUUAUAUCCUGUUAUCCACACUGCUAUCAUUUAUAUCCGGUUAUCCCCACUGCUAUCAUUUAUAUCCUGUUAUUCACACUGCUAUCGUUUAUAUCCUGUUAUCCCCACUGCUAUCAUUUAUAUCCUGUUAUCCACACGGCUAUCAUUUAUAUCCUGUUAUCCCCACUGCUAUCAUUUAUAUCCUGUUAUUCCCACUGCUAUCAUUUAUAUCCUGUUAUCCACACUGCUAUCGGUUAUAUCCUGUUCUCCCCACUGGCGAUCGUUAUAUCCUGUUAUCCACACUGAUAUCGUUUAUAUCCUGUUAUCCCCACUGUUAUCGUUUAUAUCCUGUUAUCCACACUACUAUCAUUUAUAUCCUGUUAUCCACACGGCUAUCAUUUAUAUCCUGUUAUCCCCACUGCUAUCAUUUAUAUCCUGUUAUCCACACUGAUAUCAUUUAUAUCCUUUUAUCCACACUGAUAUCAUUUAUAUCCUGUUAUCCACACUGAUAUCAUUUAUAUCCUGUUAUCCACACUGCUAUCAUUUAUAUCCUGUUAUCCACACUGCUAUCGUUUAUAUCCUGUUAUCCACACUGAUAUCGUUUAUAUCCUGUUAUCCACACUGCUAUCAUUUAUAUCCUGUUAUCCACACUGCUAUCGUUUAUAUCCUGUUAUCCACACUGCUAUCGUUUAUAUCCUGUUAUCCACACUGAUAUCGUUUAUAUCCUGUUAUGUCACGCCCUGGCUCUGGGGACGCUGUUAUGUUGAGCCAGGGUGUGUAUAUCAAUGUGUUUUGUGUCUAUGGGUGCUAUUUCUAUGUUGGCCAGAGUGGCUCCCAAUCAGAGGCAACGAGUGUCAGGUGUUGCUGGCUGUCUCUGAUUGGGAGCCAUAUUUAAACAGUCUGUGUUUCAUUCGUGUUUGUGGGAUUUUGUUUCAAGUCUGUUUAUGUUAGACCGUGAACUGUCACGUAUCGUUUGUUGUUUUUGAUCGUGUCUCUAAUUAAAGAGUAUGUUUGCCUGCAACGCUGCGCCUUGGUCCUCAUCUGUUCUAGACGAUCGGGACAGAAAAUCCCACCACAACUGGACCAAGCAGCGAGUCGAGGAGCCAUCGCCAGGGAAAUCCCUAGCAGAUCUCCGUGGCAGCCUCGACUGGGUCAAGCCGAGUGAAGAGCAGAGAGAGUGGACUUGGGAACAAUGGAGGAAGAGCUUCGACUGGGUUCAAGCCAAUUGAGGAGCUGAAUAGCGGGAGUUGGAGGCAGAAGAGCGAGAGUUGGGCGAGAAUAUAGAGGCCUGGCCCACGGGGAGGAGAGACCCCCAGAAAAUUUUUAGGGGGGGCUCACGACGUCGGGGCAGCAGGAGGCCGCGAUAGAGCGGUCCAGCGGGUUGGCAGAGGAGGCCGCCAGGGUUACGGGGGCCACUGUAGAAGAGGGGAUGGAAGGUGUAGAGGCACGGCGAGAGGUACUGGGGUGUGUGUUACCAGUUCCGGUCCGGCCCGUUCCAGAUCCCGGUGUAGGGCCCAGUGGUGGUGUGUCCCCAGUACGGUCCGGUCUGUUCAUGGCUCCCCGCACCAAGUUCAGUGGUGCGCUUCGUCCAGCCCGGCUCGGCCCGUUCCUGCUCCCCGCCACCAAGUCAGUGGUGCGCUUCGUCAGCCCGGCUCGGCCCGUUCCUGCUCCCCGCACCAAGUCAGUGGUUGCGCUUCGUCAGCCCGGCUCGGCCGUUCCUGUCCCGCACCAAGUCAGUUGGUGCGCUUCGUCAGCCCGGCUCGGCCCGUUCCUGCUCCCCGCACCAAGUCAGUGGUGCGUUUCGUCGGGCCCGGUUCGGCUCACUCCUGCUCCUCAACACCAAGCCAGUGGUGGUGCGUUGUCAGUCCAGCACGGCCCGUGCCUGUUCUCCACACCACCAGUGGCGGGCGUCGUCAGUCCGGCACGGCCGUGCCUGUUCCACUGGUGCCUGGUUCGUGCACUGGUCCAGAUGUUUUACGCCGGGGCUAGAGCCAUCCGCUCCAUCAGUGUGCAGUCCAGCUCCGGCCAGCGGGGGCCAGACCGGACCAGGGGUACUUUGGGGGGUUGGAGAGGGAGUGGGGAUCAGGCCGGAGCCGGAUCCGCCGCCUAGGCGGAGUGCCCCACCCGGUCCCCUCCCCUGUGGUAUUUGGUUGACGCGGUCGGAGUCCGCAGCCUUUAGGGGGGGGGUACUGUCCACGCCCUGGCUCUGGGGACCGCUGUUAUGUUGAGCCAGGGUGUGUAGAUCAAUGUGUUUUGUGUCUAUGGGUGCUUAUUUCUAUGUUGGCCAGAGUGGCUCCCAAUCAGAGGCAACGAGUGUCAGGUGUUGCUGGCUGUCUCUGAUUGGGAGCCAUAUUUAAACAGUCUGUGUUUCAUUCGUGUUUGUGGGAUUUUGUUUCAAGUCUGUUUAUGUUAGACCGUGAACUGUCACGUAUCGUUUGUUGUUUUUGAUCGUGUCUCUAAUUAAAGAGUAUGUUUGCCUGCAACGCUGCGCCUUGGUCCUCAUCUGUUCUAGACGAUCGUGACAUGUUAUCCCCACUGCUAUCGUUUAUAUCCUGUUAUCCACACUGCUAUCGUUUAUAUCCUGUUAUCCCCACUGCUAUCAUUUAUAUCCUGUUAUCCACACGGCUAUCAUUUAUAUCCUGUUAUCCACACUGCUAUCAUUUAUAUCCUGUUAUCCACACUGAUAUCAUUUAUAUCCUGUUAUCCCCACUGCUAUCGUUUAUAUCCUGUUAUCCCCACUGCUAUCAUUUAUAUCCUGUUAUCCACACUGCUAUCGUUUAUAUCCUGUUAUCCACACUGAUAUCAUUUAUAUCCUGUUAUCCACACUGAUAUCAUUUCAUUGAAUUGUUCAUCAAGUAGGGCCACUUACUCAGUAUCUCCUGUCUGUAACCUUGUUUAUAGAUGAUGAGGAGGGAGCGGAGCAGGACAUCAUGCAGGUUCUGGGGAACAUGGUGAUGGAGAUGCUGGUGAAAUACUGGAUCUAUAUCUGUGGAGGAAUGUUCUUCUUCGUCAGCUUCGAGGGACGCAUGGUCAUGUACAAGAUCAUCUACAUGAUGCUCUUCCUCUUCUGUGUGGCGCUCUAUCAGGUACACACACACACACACACGCACACACACACACACACACACGCACACACUACUUGGAGAAAUUGCUGAGAAGAGAACGUUUCAGUGGGCGGAACUCAUGAAAGUUAUCCAGUGUCUGAAUGCAUUUUCUCAGCAUUAAGAAGGUGACUUCCUGUGUCAUAAUAACAUUUCCAUUAUAAAGCAGUGGAGGCUGCUGAGGGGAGGACAGCUCUAAAUAAUGGCUGGAAUGGAGCCAAUGGAAUGGCAUCAAACACAUGGAAACCAGCCAUUACCAUGAGCCCAUCCUCCCCAAUGAAGCUGCCACCAGCCUCCUGUGGUAUACAACCAUGUAAACCGCUACAGUAAAACUGUUCUGCCAGCCAGUCAGCCAGCCAGCCAGUCAGCCAGCCAGCCAGUCAGCCAGUCAGCCAGCCAGCCAGUCAGCCAGCCAGCCAGUCAGCCAGUCAGCCAGCCAGCCAGUCAGCCAGCCAGCCAGUCAGCCAGCCAGCCAGUCAGCCAGUCAGCAGUCAGCCAGCCAGCCAGCCAGCCAGUCAGCCAGUCAGCCAGUCAGCCAGCCAGCCAGCCAGCCCACGCCAGCCAGUCAGCCAGCCAGCCAGUCAGCCAGUAAGCCAGCCAGCACAGCCAGCCAGUGCAGCCAAGCCAGCCAGCCAGCCAAGUCAGCCAGCCAGCCAGUCAAGCCAGUGUCAGCCAGCCAGCCCAGUCAGCCAGUCAGCCAGCCAGUCAGCCAGCCAGCCAGGUCAGCCAGUCAGCCAGUCAGCCAGCCCAGCCAGCCAGCCAGUCCAGCAAGCCAAGCCAGCCCAGCCAGUCAAGCCAGUCAGCCAGGCCAGCCAGUCGCCAGCCGCCAGUCCAGCCCGUCAGCCAGUCAGCCAAGCCAGCCAGCCGUCAGUCGCCAGCCAGCCAGUCCAGGCCAGACAGCCCGCCAGCCAGCCAGCCAGUCAGCCAGCCACCAGUCCAGCCAGGCCAGCCAGCCAGUCAGCCAGCCAGACAUCAGCCAGCCAGCCAGUCAGCCAGGCCAGCCAGUUCCAGCCAGCCAGCCAGUCAGCCAGCCAGCCAGCCAGCCAGUCAGGCCAGCCAGCCAGUCAGCCAGGCCAGUCAGCCAGCCAGCCAGCAGCCAGGCCAGCAGCAGUCAGCCAGUCAGCCGCAGCCAGCCAGACAGCCAGUCAGCCAGUCAGCCAGCCCAAGCCAGCCAGCCCAGUCAGCCAGUCAGCCAGCCAGCCAGCCAGCCAGUCAGCCAGUCAGCCAGCCAGCCAGCCAGCCCAGCCAGUCAGCCAGCCAGAUACACACAGGAUGUUACACAUGUUAUAUACACACAGGAUGUUACACAUGUUAUAUACACACAGGAUGUUACACAUGUUAUAUACACACAGGAUGUUACACAUGUUAUAUACACACAGGAUGUUAUUCAUGUUAAUCCCUCAAUCAAUGAUCUGGGCAAAUAACACAAUAAGAAUGAUGACAGUGCCUGUCCCCCCCAGCUCAAACCCCAAAUGAUCUGGGCAAAUAACACAAUAAGAAUGAUGACAGUGCCUGUCCCCCCCAGCUCAAACCCCAAAUGAUCCGGGCAAAUAACACAAUCAAAUAUUUAAACCCAUCUGACCUUAAGUGUGUGUGUGUGUGUUGUCUCCAGGUGCACUAUGAAUGUUGGAGGAAGUUCCUGAAGUCCUUCUGGAUGUCUGUGGUGGUCUACACCAUGCUGGUCCUCAUCCUGGUCUACACCUUCCAGUUUGAGGCCUCCCUACCCUUCUGGUUAACAUGACUGGCAUGAGCAAAGAGAAGUGAGUAUUAACCCUGACCCCUAACCCCUAACCCUCCCUACCCUUCUGGUCUAACAUGACUGGCAUGAGUGAAGAGAAGUGAGUAUUAACCCUGACCCCUAACCCCUAACCCCUAACCCUCCCUACCCUUCUGGUCUAACAUGACUGGCAUGAGCAAAGAGAAGUGAGUAUUAACCCUGACCCCUAACCCCUAACCCUCCCUACCCUUCUGGUCUAACAUGACUGGCAUGAGUGAAGAGAAGUGAGUCCUAACACUGACCCCUAACCCCUGACCUAACCCCUAACCCUUAACCCUAAAGUUCACAAAAUAGCUCAUGUCAAGAGGACAUUUGCAAUGCUCAGACAGCUGGGAACACCUACAUUUAGUCCUGUAUUAGUGGGAGAUUUGAUGUGUGGCAGGGUUCUUCAAUUCCGGUCCUGGAGGGCCGAAACACUUCUGUUUUUCAUUUCUACCUGGUAGUUAAUUGCACUCACCUGGUGUCCCAGGUCUGAAUUAGCCCCUGAUUUAGAAGGAGAGGAUGAAAAACAGAGGUGUUUCGGCCCUCCAGGACCGGAAUUGAAGAACCCUGAUGUACUGUAUGGUCUCCACACCUUUAUUGAGUGAUAUCUCUCUCUCUCUCUCUCUCUUCAGACUGAAGGACCUGGGGUUAGAGCGGUUCUCUGUAUCGAUGCUCUUCACACGUAUCUUCAUCCCCACCUCCUUCCUCCUAGUGUGUAUCCUCCAUCUUCACUACUUCCACGACCGCUUCCUCCUGCUCACCGACCUGAAGGCU